AUGAAUUCUACGCUACUUCGCCGGUCGCAAUCCGGCCAAACUACAAGGCUCGGCUCUCUUUACCAUGGCCUAUUAAUCUUAAUUCUUAUUGUUUGCUUCUCGACAUCGACGUUGGCUCAUCCUGCACUAGCAACAGAUCUAGUGGACCCCCGAUCGGCCUCCUAUUCAAGUGGAGAGAUUGUAGAUCUUCAGGCUUCACCCGAGCGCCGUGGAGACACAUUCUUGGACACACAGGAUCAAGAUGCCGUGGCAGAGUCACUCAGACACGACGUCAACCAUGGCUUACAACGGCGAAUUCUGAAUGCCAGCACCGAGACGUCAACAACGAUGCCAGAGCCUUUCGAUACGAGCUCGAACAACUUUGCCAAUUCGAGCUGUGUCAGCUUCUUCGAUAAGUUUCUCGCCAACUCAACAGUGACUAAAUGUCAUGCCGUUUCACUCCUUCUCACAAACUCCAAUGCAUUCUUCCAUGAUUUGAGCUCGGCGACGGAAACUUCCCGCGUGUUGGAUACCACCUGCUCCGAACCUGUUGAAAAAUGCCAAUCGAUCAUGACCUCUCUAGCCGCCCAGAUGCUAUACGAGGAUAACUGUGGGCCCGACUAUGAGGCAGGGAACUCGUUCGUCACGGACACCUAUCAACAACUCAUGGCCUACGAGCCCGUAUACCGGGCCACCUGCCUGACCAACCCGACCACCCAAGACUAUUGUUUCGUUGAUGCAGUCACCAAUACCACGGCCCCAAAUGAUUACAAUGUCUACUUUAUUCCGAUUGGCAAUACCCUUACCAAAGGCAAACUCACUUGCAACGAGUGCCUUUCGGCGACUAUGGACGUAUACGCUCAAUGGGCUACGGUUGAUGGCCAGGCACUUGACACGACCUAUAUAUCAUCCGCACAGGUCGUUAAUGAAUACUGCGGCUCUGGCUUUGCGGUCACCAACCUCACAAUCGGUUCCGACAAUGUCACCGUCACGGCCGGUGCUGGGCUCACGGUACCAUUACCGAGUUCUCGACUCGCCUUGUCUAUAAUCAGUAUCACGAUCGGAACUCUCUGGAUUUUGUAG